AUGGCUGAGACUUUGCCACAAGGCGCAUUUUGGCUUGAAGAGCAUCAAGUUGUGAAUGAGCAAUACAGUGUUAAAAAUUGCGAUAUGAUACGUGGUACAACUGCUUAUCCAUACAGUGGUUAUGUGCCAGUGCUUGUUCGCCACAUCGAAAUGGGCUUACGGAACGGUUGGCGUGACUGGACAACAAUUCUGAGUGAUGAGCAGCAACUAGAAAGCAGUAGGAGCACAAAUACGGUCAUUUUUGUGAUUGGCGGUAUUACACAAGCUGAGUUAGCUUGCCUCCGAGCAAUACAGUGGCCGGCGCAGCAACGGCUGACCGUCAUCGCUAGUGCUUUAAUUACUGGGAACAAACUAAUCUCUGCUAUCCAUAAACAUUGA